GGGGGCACGGCAGCCUACCGCUGGGGCCAAUCGAAGACCUAGAAAGCCCUAUAUGCAAAUAUAUGAGGGCUGGGCGUACCCCAAGUUAGGAGGGGCGAGGGUUGGGCUUGCGGGUUGUCGGGCAGCCAAUGGGAGCGUGUCUCCUUAAUCUUUUUGAGGAGGGGGCCCGCAGGUGUGGUUGCGAGCGGUACCGGCAGCAGAGCAGGGGCAAGACGGGGGAGUAGGAAUCGCGGACAAGUAGCAACAGCCAUGACUUGUUCUUACCACUUGGGCAAAGACUCAAAAAAGAGCAAAGACAACUCGCAACUCCAGAGGCCAAAUUCAGGGGUGCGCAGGGAUUUCCCCAGAGCCUCCUCCCAGGCUGGGGAGAUGCUCCAGUGCCUGCCUUUGGACGGCGAGGAAGGGGCAGACUUGGAAGAGCGGGAGGACAGUUCCCAAGAAGAUCCGAAAGAAAUCAUCACCCUGGCUUUUGUGAGCGAGAACACUGGGGCGCAAGAGGGGCUUCAGAAUGCCCAGCAGCAAGGCAAGAAGAGGAAGAAAAAGAGAUUGGUGAUCAAUCUCUCCACCUGCCGAUAUGAGAGCGUGCGUAGAGCCGCGCAGCGGUAUGGCCUUCAAGAGGGAGGGGAAGCCAAUGACUGGACUCUCUGCUGGACGGACUACUCAGUGUCACUGGAGAGGGUGAUGGAGAUGAAAAGUUACCAGAAAAUCAAUCACUUCCCUGGGAUGAGUGAAAUCUGCCGCAAGGACUUGCUGGCCAGGAAUAUGAGCCGCAUGUUAAAGAUGUUCCCUAAGGAUUUCCACUUUUUCCCUAAGACCUGGUGUCUUCCUGCUGACUGGGGGGAUUUGCAGAACUACAGUAGGUCAAGAAAAAAUAAGACAUACAUUUGUAAGCCGGAUUCAGGCUGCCAAGGGAGAGGUAUAUUCAUCACCCGGACGGUGAAAGAUAUCAAGCCAGGAGAGGAUAUGAUCUGUCAACUCUAUAUUUCAAAGCCCUUUAUCAUUGACGGAUUCAAGUUCGACCUACGGAUUUAUGUGCUGAUGACCUCCUGUGACCCUCUGAGGAUUUUUGCAUACAAUGAAGGACUAGCACGCUUCGCCACCACCUCUUACUCCCACCCCAGCACAGACAACCUGGAUGAUAUCUGCAUGCACCUGACUAAUUAUUCCAUUAAUAAGCACAGUUCCAAUUUCAUUCGAGAUGCUCACACUGGAAGCAAGAGGAAGCUCUCCACCUUCAACAUGUACAUGGAAAACCAUGGCUACAACAUGGAGCAGGUCUGGAGAGAUAUCGAGGAUGUCAUCAUCAAGACGAUCAUCUCCGCCCACCCCAUCAUCAAGCAUAACUACCACACCUGCUUCCCCAACCACACACUCAACAGUGCUUGCUUUGAAAUCCUGGGCUUUGAUAUUUUGCUGGACCACAAACUCAAGCCCUGGCUGCUGGAGGUUAACCACUCUCCAAGCUUCUCCACCGACUCCUGGCUGGAUAAAGAGGUGAAAGACAGUCUGCUAUAUGACACCUUGGUUCUGAUCAACCUGGGAAACUGUGACAAAAAGAAAGUCUUGGAGGAGGAGAGACAGCAGGGGCGAUUCCGGCAGCGAUGUCGUUCUUGGGAGACCAGGAUGGAGGAGGUCAAGGGUUUCCAGGCCGUGCAGUUGGAGAAAACUGAGAAGUACGAGAAGGAGAACCGUGGGGGGUUCCGCCUGAUUUAUCCUACUCUGAAUUUGGAGAAGUAUGACAAGUUUUUCCAGGACAACAACUCCCUCUUCCAGAAUACUGUUACCUCCAGGGCUCGGGAGGUGUAUGCCCGGCAGCUGAUCCAGGACCUAAGGCUGAAACAGGAGAAAAAAUCCUUCCAAACGAAGGAGAAGGUGGAGAUGCAGGGGGAGUCAGCAGGCGAGCAAGCGAGGGGCAAGAGCAUGAAGAGCUGCCGACAGAAACCACAGCAGAAACACCAGGCCGCCACCCUCACCUUCAAACAACGUCUCCAGCCAAUGGCAUUGGUAUCCUGCACACCUGACUUGCUCUUGAGUGUCAGAGAUGCAAAGACAAAUGAGACAGACAGCAUCCUCGACCAGGAGACCCCCACGAAAGGGGCCAGCCCUCCUCCCUGCAAGCCUAUAGCUGCAAGACGAUACACCUCUGUACCUGACCUGAGGCACUCAAGCCUUCUCAGCUGCCCGGGGCUGGGGCUCAGUCAACCCAUCUCCAGAAUCGAGGAGGUCAAGUCUGCCUCUGCAGUGAACAUAUUCACCAGCACUGGGCCCUUAACCUCAAUAGAAACCUGCCCAGAUCCUGCCACUCAGGUCUCAGACUCCCCAGAGUUUCUGCCAAGCAGGACCGGGACUACCAGCUCUGGAAGCAGUAGCCCCAAGGUGGAUACAGUGGUCUUUAAAUAUAAGCAGCACCCCCUCCCCCAGGACCUCAUCCAGGGGAAAGUAUCAAAAAUUUCUCUUCCACCAAAAUCCCAGAGCUUCUUAGGAAGUCUGAAGCCAAGCUGGACUGCGCCACAGAAUGAGACGACGAAGCAGCCUCUGAUGCCAGAGCUGUUCACCAAGGUUCCACUGAGGGAGAAGCUCGCCCUGUUCCCAGCUUACUGCAACCCAAAGCUGGGGCCAAAUCACAAGUCACAAACCCACUGCCUGCCCUGGGAGUGCUACUGCAGCCGAAGCUCCAGCGAGAAGAGGCAGCUGCGUCUGUCUUCCGUCCUGCUCCUGCCCGGUCCUCCCAGCCGCGACGUGUCUCCCAGUGAUCUGCUGGUGGUUGCCACCCCGGCCCGACUGGAUCCGAGGCCCCGCAGGAGCCACAGUGGCGCCGCGAGAGACCCGAGUCAGGAAGCGUACAGCCGCAGCCUGAUCUCUGGCCCAAAAGGAUAUGAGAGGGACUAGAAUCAGACUGGAUCCCUGCCAUUUUCCCCCCUUUCCACCUCUUACUCCCAGGAAAUGAUUUAUCAUUUCUUAAAGUGUCUACAAUGUCCGUAGAGUCAACUGAAAGUUUUAUUUCCUCAUCUAGAUAUCCUGGUCUUAUAACUACCUCCCAUUAACACCACUGGGCCAACAGCCUUGUCUUUUGUGCCCUCCCAGUUAGCUUACAGUGCUGUAGGACCAUGACUUCUGAGACGUAUUGGUGCUGCCCCAGGACACACCCCAGUUGCCCCACCAGUGGCAUUCCUAUGGGUCCCUCAGAUGGCACUAUCAUCCAGAACACUCCCCCCAGAGAAAGCAAUGUGAAGGGAGGAGUGUUUCAGAGAAAGACUCAAAGUUUCCAGGAAUCCAAAGCCCUCAGUCUACCAACAAGUCUGUGUCAGUUGGUUUUGAACCCCAAAGAGAAAAGACAGAGAAAGGGCAAGGCAUGGUGGAGGAUUCUGAGCCCCGAGUAAGGGAAUUGGGGCAGGUAUAACUUUACCACAUACAGAUCAGACCUCCUCCCACCUGAGCCACCUCAGUGCCCAACACCUUCCUGCUACCUCCCCUACCAGUCCACAUCCACAUCAAUCCUGCUGAUGAAGAAGUGAGGCGAGAGUACCCAGCCUGCAGGUGUUUCUUCCACCAACCUGCAGAAAUGAUGCAUCUUCCCCUGAAGUGUACAUUAAAAUAAAUUGCCAUGCUCAA